UGUGUUUUCGCUGCUGCCUGAUGGUGAACCUCUGAAAACUAUUCAUUUUGGCAUCGAGGAGUUUUGGUAGUCUCUGAGCUAUCUUGGUCUCCUGGCACAGCAGACAUUUUCAUACCAUAAAGCAACUAUACCAACAAGCUUUGUUGGGCUCAGGGUUUGAUUUGGCCCACUCAAGUGCGUAUGUACCCAAUGCAUUUCUGGUAACGACAUAACCAUUCUGGCAGCUUUUGAGGACCCAUUCCAAUACAUGCUUCUCCAGAUCAGGCCAGUGGCUGGUCCCCGCUCUCAUGAAGCAUUUGGAACUGGACAUCUUCUUCAGGGUGGAUUCCUCCUUCCAUUCUCUCACCACUUCUCCACUAACACUGAAUUCCCUCGCUGCUGCACAGUUAUUUGACAAAUUAGCAAAUGUUACAACUUUUAUCUUGAAAUCAACUCCAUGCUUCAUUGUUUUUGCCAGAGGACCUGUUCCUGUCCAUUGAUCAGCACUCAUUGUCUGUGCUGUGUGGGUGUGUCUAAACUCUCAUACAUCUUCUUGGCAACAUGGUCCUUAGGUAUCACCCACUUAAUCUCAUGUGCUGAUUUAUAAGGGUAUUUUUUUAUAAAGGAUCUCUGACACUAAACUAAUGGAGUCACUGCCUGAAGCUUCCGUCAAUGGCUGCCUUGCUCCCACAGAGAGUGUUCUCAGUAUGAACAUGAGAGGCUUGAAACCCAGAAGGGUGGUUGAAGUCUAUAUCAAGCGCAGCUUAAGCCUGAGGGAAGAUGGUGCAAGGAAUAAGGAGCUGAAGUGGCAAUCCCUUCCAGCAAAGAUCCCACAAAGAAAUAUAAACCACAGAGAAGGGCCUGGGCUGACCGUGCCAGCAACGUAUGGCAGACUGAGAGAGAGAGAGAGCCAAGCACCUGGAACUCAGACAGCGCCUCCAGUUAGCAACUCUUCAAGUGUUGAACCAUGUGCAGUGAAGGAAGCUGGCAGGGGAAGGAGCAAGGAUGGGAAAAAAGGGAAAAAGUCUCAAACAUUCUUGGGAAAGAUUGCCAGUUUCCUGUGGAGAAGGAAAGGUGAUGAAAAGAAAGAUGAAGGGUGUAAAAGAUCAAAGGAGUUUGGUUCUCCGCAGGCAGAACGCCCUUCAGAAGAGAAUAGAGAGCAGCUUGACAGCCAGGAGGCACCUGAAGAACUGGCCACUGCUCAUAAAUCCAAGAGUAAACGGAAAAAUAGUCUCCGGAGAGUUUUCUCUUUUAAGAGGAAUAAUUCUGAAGUUAAAGGGUUUGGAUCUGGAGGUCCAGGAGCCAACAAAAGUAAAGCAGUGCGACCCACACGGCUGGACCUCGGAGAUGUCUGCAGGCCCAAGCCUGGCAAAACAGACCUAGAAUCCGAGCAUCUGUACGAGCAGGUGUCCGAGGAAGUGGAUCGGAUUGUUCGGACAGUGGAGUCCAAUGAAGGAAAUGAGAAUACCCUGAAUGGAAGAAACUUGGUGGAAGAACCAGAAACAGAUGGGCCAAGAGAAUCUGUGGACAACUCUAUUUACAAAAUUAUUGAAAUACUCCAAAAAGUUGGCGAUGACGUUGAUACAGAGCUCCAAGGAGAUUCAUUGCUUUCCACCUUCUUCAAAGACAUCAGCUACAAUUCCUUCAAAGAACUGGCAGACCAAUACAUCGAACAUGAAGUGAGGAGCAAGGUGACGCAAGAGAACCCUGACUUUGUCAAGUUUGCUUUUACACUUGAUUUUACUGCGAAGGUAGCGGGGAUCUGUGACCAUCAGGUCAAACGAAUUACUGGCUUCGGGAGCCAGUAUCUCCAGGAGACAUGUUGGCAGCUGCCCAGUUUCAGUGAGCAGCAAGAAACAGCAAACAACAUAGAGAAAAUUCCAAGUCCAGAUUGAAGACGGAAGUUGAGUGGAUGAUUAAUUUUCCUGCUGAGGAUGGCUACCAUCUCCUGAAACUGUAGAAUGGCACAGACUGAAAACUAACUUCUGUUGACACUCCUUACAGUGGAUUGACUCAGCACUAUUGGUUUGGACACAAUCAUCAGUCUUUUGCUGUGAUGACGGGAAGUGGGAUCACCAGUCAGUUGAGAAACUGACUGUAAGAUGUGCUGCAGCUACCACCAUUACUUAAACUAGUUAAAUAUCCACGACCACUCACCCUCCAAACUACUUCCCGAAGUUGAGGAGAACCUGUGAACAGAUUAUCAGAUUAUGUGUUAAGUCCCUGUGAUAGACAAUGUGACAUUGCUGAGGCCAGGUAGACACCAGCUGCAGAAUUGACUAUGUAUUUGCUCUGAGAAUAACGCUUGGACUGUUUAGAAGGGGUCAGUAGUUGGGAAUCUUCCCACCAGCCCUGACCAGAGAAUGGGUUGAGUUGCAGAUUGUGCCUGUAGUUUCAUAUCCCAUCUUCAGCACAUGCUGUCUUCUAGAGGCAGUCUGUAGCUGGAUGCUUACUUUAAAAUAUGGCCCUGUAGCGUUUAUGGUGGGUUGCCUGUAUGUUCACAGGAUCUGCUGAACCAUUCUCGUUUUACUGAUAGCUGCCCUGUUCCCGUAACCAGCUAUCAACCCACAUAACAGGGAGAUAUCUGAACAGCCUGCUAUCUGUGCAGCCAGUAGAAUGGGAGGGUUCAUUUAAGCUGUGACACUAUUCUGGAGCAGGUGGUACCCCAUAUCACAUGGUUUACAAAAGCAUAGCAAGCUGCUGAAUGUGGAACUGGUCCCUGAGCCAGCAGACUUGAUCAUGGUUCCAUAUUCAGUCAAUUGCCAUACAGUGGCAAUUUCUAUUACAAGUACUGUUUCUUAUUGUGUUUGUGUAUUGGGAGGAGGGCGAGUUAUCUGAGGAUGUUUGAUAUUCUGUGAUGUCUUUAUGUUGGGUUAUUUAUUGUGUUUAGAGGUACUUUUAUCCAUUUUUUCAUGGAAUGUAGGCAUCGCUGGCAAGGCCAGAAUUUGUUGCCCAUCCCUAAUUGCACUUGAACAGAAUGGCUUGUUGGACAGUUAAGAGCCAAUCACAUUGCUGUGGGUCUGGAGGCACAUGUAGGCCAGAGCAGGUAAAGAUGGCAGAUUUCCUUCCCUAAAGGGCAUUAAUGAACCAGGUGGGUUUUUACACCAAUCAAUAAUAG